AGAGGGAGAAGGAAGGAGAGAAUAGAGAUGGGGACAAAGAGAGGGAGAGAGUGAUGGCAGAAGAGACCAGCGGACCCACACCAACAACAUGAGAUGCCAGGCAUGGAAGAGACAGGCACCAUGUACCAGAGACUGCAGGGAGACGUGUGACAGUCAGUGACAGCACAGCCUGCCAGCACUGAGAGACCCCUGGCUGCACAUCAGAGACUGCAUCACAUCCAGUAGGAUGAGAAGAGACUGCACAGAGACAGCCCAGAUCAAAAAAGAGACAGCAAGAAUCUGCUGCAGGGAUCUAGUGACAGCUCCCCACUAUGGACUGGUGACGAGUCGCUGCGUGGAGACGGCGACCUAAUGCAGAGAAGACGCUGAGGUGGGCCGCAGGACAUCCGGGGUCUCCUACUGAAGAUAUGACCGCCACUAUGCAAGCCUUUCACUUUAAGCAGUUUGCCCCUGAGCCGGGGCAGGACUGGCCUCCCUCCUGUGAGCAGGAGAUAGAGCGGAGGUACCAGGUCGUCCCUUCCGUCGUCUGCGCGAUGUGUUGCCUUUUCGGAAUUAUCUAUUGUUUCUUUGGCUACCGGUGCUUCAAGGCUGUCAUGUUCCUGACGGGUCUCAUGUUUGGCUCUGUGGUCAUCUUCAUGCUAUGCUACAAGGAACGGGUCCUGGACACUCAGCUGAGUGUGGAAGCCAGUGUGGGCAUUGGCCUUGGGAUUGGCAUCUUGUGUGGCCUGGUGACCAUGCUGGUGAGGAGCGUGGGACUGUUCAUGGUGGGCCUACUGCUCGGACUGCUCCUAGCCAUAGCCACGCUGAUAGUCAUGGAGCAGUUCUACCACCCGCGCACUGUCUGGGUCCCGGUGGCCCUGCUUCUGGGGAUCGGGAUGAUGUUUGCAGUGCUAACCCUACAGUGGCAGUGCUUCUUCACCACCCUCUCCACUGCCGUCUUCGGCAGCGCCAUCAUGACAGUGACUGUGGAUUACUUCAUCGAGCUCUUUCUUCUGGUGCAGUACGUGUACCAGCGCAUGAAGGUGGACCCUCCGCAGCCCAUGUGCUGGUACAGCUGGGUUAUUCUCGGCAUCUGGCCCGUACUUAGUUUACUGGGAGUCCUGGUCCAGUGGAAAGUGACGGCCGAGGGAUACUCACACACAGAAGUUAUCAUCAGUCGGCAGCAGCGCCGGGUACAACUUAUGAAAAUAAAGCAGAGAGAGGAGCGUAAGGAGAAAAAGAAGAAGAAGAAGAGACCUCAUCAUCAUCAUCCUCACCCGCAGCACAAAACACCGCAUCCACCUGAGCCAGCCUUCCGUAGAAAACCUACUCCUAUUCGGCGAUUUGAUGGCGAUGUGAUCUCCCCGAGCUACAUUCAGAGUUUUCGAGACCAGCAGUCGGGUUCAACUCGGGGCCGGAUGACCGGUGCUCACACAGUGGUGGAUUUGGACUAUGACUGCGGCUCCAGGGUACCACUUACCUCCGGAGCAGCAUCAGCCGUACGAGUAUAGCACAGAGCGAGAGGAGCGGGGAGGAAGACCCAGGAGGAAAGGGAAUCACAAGAACACACAGACAUUGCGCUGUAACAAUUCCAACACUGUGACCGUGAGAACCCAUCAUGACAUAUUACACGCCGAAGACUCUACGGACGCUGCGUACACUGUGCGACGACUCCCACCUACCUCUUUACAAACACCACACUCAUAGACAUUCCAACCUACCUCCCUGCGGUCCCACUUCAAGCUCUGAUCUCUCCUUACAUGGACCUCCAUCACCUCUCCCCUCCAAAACUGGAUCCACUGGAUGAAGGACCAUAAUGGGAGUCAACCAAACCUGGCCCGUUCCAGUGUCGUGUUUAAGGACGUCUGGGCAUGAUUUUUUUUUCUUGUGCCGAUAUAUGGACAAAGAUUUGCUGUGUAUAUAAUCAGUCAAAAAAAAAAAAAGUUAAUUAUUUAAAAAAAAAAUUAAUUUUGAGGAAAUCUAAGAUCCAGCGGGAGAGGGUCAAAAACAUCAAUUUCAGGAAAAAAAAGCCACAAGACUGAUUGGGUUGGUAAAAUUCAAAAAUUUUUUGGAGUUUUUUCAAUGGAUGUUUUUUUAAAAUACUGUUAUGGGGUGAGGGUGGGUGACAGAGUGAGCGGAUUAUGCGUGUUGCGUUAUGGCUGGUAGUGGCGCAUGACAGACAGAAGGAUGAAGGCAUAGUUGUCAUGGUCACGAAUCUCAUGCCUCCUGCCCAUUUCCCUGUAGAUAUAACGAGCUUAUGGCCUCUUCAUGCAGUGCAACAAUGUAUCGACUUGUGGAUCCUGCCCAAUGAGAGCACAGUUCUGUACAAUCCCACGUCAUAAAUGAAUGUUUGUGAGCCAUAAUAUUUACCCUAGGAGCUGGGGGUUUUUCCCCAGUGCUCAUUGUCGCCCCCUUCUGGUGUAAGAACUGCUCUGAGCCGAUCGCAGUGGUUGCCACGUUUCAACACCAUUUAGCUGCUGGUCUGACAAAAUAAGUAAUUCUGUAAGAAGAAUUUUAAAAGAAAUUCAAAUCUAUGUUUGCCCAUAGUAGCAAACAUGGAUUUAAAUUUCUUCUGAAGGAACAUUAAACCAAGAAAUAUACAAUGAGACUAAAUGGGUUAAUCUGCAGGAUCCUGUAUCAGACAGGGUUGAUCUCCUGAUCUGUUCCAUUUCUGGCUGGGGAUUGGUUGGUUGGUGAGGAUUGGCUUUGAAGCAGGGCUUAACAGUCUUUGUGUUCUGCUGUAGAGGGGAGAGGCUCCUGCUGCAGCCACCUGUCUUGCAUCCAGAAGGGACAGUGAGGAGGAGGAGCGGGGACAUGACUGAUCUCCUGGGAAACACAGUUGUAAUUGUAAUAUGAUACAAAAUGUCAAAGGAAAGAAAAAGAUAAUUUGUAAAAAAAAAUUGUGCAUUUCUAUGUUUAGUGUUCCUAUAAUGGGGUAGCACGCUAUAAUUUUUGCCCUAACACAA